AUGGACGAGAAAACAGAGCUUCUCAUGCCUCCGCCGGAAAGCACCCACCGGCACAUCCUCCGCCGCUACAACGCGGGCCGCUUCCACGCAGCAGCCUUCGUCUUAGUCCUAGCUCUCUACUGGCUUCUCUCCAGCUUCCAAUGCCAACGCGAUGCGUACAGAGCUGUGCAAGACAUAUCGACGAAGACCAAAGUACCGCUCGAAGCCCACAUCAUGUCCAAAUGCCCCGACGCGCGGGACUGCCUCCGGGAUCUCAUCCUCCCCACCAUGCAAAACGCUUCCGGCAAAGUCGACUUCACACUCUCCUAUAUCGGCAAGGUCUCAUCCCACGAUGACGAAGUCGAGUGCAAACACGGACAGGGCGAGUGUCUGGGCAACAUCCUCGAGCUCUGCGCAGCGUCGCUGUAUCCCGACCCGAAGAUUUAUCUGGGCUUUACGAUGUGCUUGUCGAACAACUACAGCUUGAUACCGCAACGAAACUUUGUCACGGACUGUGCGUUGGAGUAUGGAAUUGAUUUCGACAAGUUGAAUGAUUGCAUGAGCAAGGAUGAUGGCUCGUAUGGGGUAGGGCUGCUCAAGGAAAGCGUACAGAGGAGUGCAGAGGCGAAUGUUACGUAUAGCUGCACUGUCCGCCUGGACAACAAGGUUCGGUGCAUUCGAGACGGCGGUCGGUGGAAGGACUGCGAAGGCGGAUCAUCCGUUGAAGCGCUUCUUAAGGAUAUCAACGAGCUCUAUAACGCUUCUUGA